GUUGGAAAACUGUCAUUCUUCCGACAAAAUGCAGCAAUUAUUGGACGGAAAAAGGAGCAAACAGCAGAACGAAUGAAUGAGUUGCGAAAUGAACUGGGAAAUUUGCAAGAAGACAUGAGGGACAAACAAGACCAACUUAAGCAAUACUCAGGUGAACAGGUUCUCCGAGGAGAUGAAUUCAAACGAUAUGUAAAUAAGUUACGUGGGAAAAGCUCAGUUUAUAAGAUGAAAAGAGCGGAACUAAGUGAACUGAGAGCUGAAUUUGGUGUCCUAAGCAGGACAGAGGAAAUAUUGAAAGCCAAGGAUGCACAAAUAAUGGAGCAACUUAGUGCUAUGGAAGCACGCAUGGGAGUAACAGGCUUCCAUGAGACCCAAGAGAACUUAGAGAAGGUGUCUUCUGUCAAAGCAGAAGUUGAUAGCCGUAAAGGAAAGACACUCGAGGAAAUGUCUGCAAUGGUGAUGGAACUGAACCAUAAAAUUGCAGAAAGAAAGGGCCGCUUAGCUCCAAUUAUAAAAGAACUGAGACCACUGAGGCAAAAAGCUCAAGACCUUACUGUGCAGUAUAAUGAAAAAAAGCACACCUUUGACUCAGUGGCUGCUGGGUUGGAUAGCAAUAUAGGAAAAUUGGAGCAGGAAGUCAAGACCCUACAGGAUGAAAUCAUAACAUCCCAGACCAAAUAUCAUCUGUUAUUGGCUGAACGUGAUAUCUUAGCAUAUAAACAGCAACAAGCAAGUGAUGAAAUUAAAUUAUACUUGUCAAAUGACCCUCAGGACAAGAAAAAAUCACUCAGAGAACAGUUGAUGGGGCAUAUUAACGAACAAGAGAAGCUUGGACGCACACUGAGGGAAGAGCAGAAAGCAGUCAAAGAUUUAGUUCAGAAUUCUGCUAAGCAGCUUGCAAUGUGGCAGGAUGUUAUACAGUAA